UCCAUCUUUGUCUGUAAGCCAGUCGGCGCUUCCCUGGUCUUGUUUUUUGAGAUCCUUAACGUGGAGCGGCCUAGUUCGAUAUCUCCUCAAGUCGAGGUUCUUUCAGAAAGGGCAUUCGAUCAUCCCAACAUCACACUCCACUUCGAGCUUUCGGACGUAUUACUUGAUACGUGGAAAGAUAGCGAUGUCUUAUUCUGCGCCUCCCGUGAAGUUCACCGAUCAAGGCACCAAGGUUGUACUCGACAACGGAAUCGUCAAAGUUACAAUAUCGAAGCCCGCAGGUCUCGUAACCGGUAUCAGCUAUGGAGGAAUUGACAACGUCCUCGAGACCCUUGAAAGCGAAACAAGUCGAGGAUACUGGGAUAUGAACUGGAGCGAAACAGAUGGAAAAGACAUCUUCACUGUACCAUUUGGAGCCGAAUUCAAGUUGAUCUACUCGGAUGCUGAUAAGGUUGAAGUUUCAUUCUUCCGGCCAUUUGACCCCAAUCGUGUUCCACCCAUGACACCGUUCACUAUCGACAAAAGAUUUGCCAUGCUACGUGGAUCUUCGGGCUUCUAUUCAUAUGGUAUAUAUGACCGGCAGGCCGGAUGGCGAGAUUUCAACUUGAAUCAAACCCGAAUCGUGUUCAUGCUUCGCAAGGACAAAUUUAACUAUAUGGCCCUGGAUGACAAGAAGCUCAGGCUCAUGCCUUCUCCUGAUGACUUAUCUCCUGAGCGAAGCCAACAGCUGGCGUACAAAGAAGCCCAUCUUCUUACUGACCCGAUCGAGCCUUCGUUAAAAGGGGAGGUCGAUGACAAAUAUAUGUAUUCUUGUGACAACAAGGACAACAAAGUCCACGGAUGGAUGUCUGAAGCGGACAUGGUUGGAUUCUGGAUGAUCACACCCAGUAACGAGUUCAGGAACGGAGGUCCCACGAAGCAGGAUCUAACAUCCCACACUGGCCCUGCAUGUCUAUCUAUGUUUCACAGUGCACAUUACGCCGGUAUUGAGUUAUGUCCUCAAUUUCGAAAUGGAGAAGCUUGGCGGAAGGUCUUCGGUCCAGUGUUUAUAUACCUCAACUCAAAGCCUGGGGGAACUGAUGUGCGCGCUCUAUGGGAUGAUGCAGAACAGAGAAUGCUUGCUGAAGUGAACGCUUGGCCGUAUACAUGGCCCUCCUCUCCAGAUUUUGCCAAGGCGAAAGACAGAGGUCAAGUGUCAGGACGGCUUCUUGUUCGUGACAAGUAUGCUUCGCCAGACAAACUGCGUUCGGGCACAGAAGCAUUUAUAGGGCUGGCGAUGCCUGGAGAAAAAGGAUCAUGGCAAAAGGAAAGCAAGGGCUACCAGUUCUGGACCCAAGCUGACAAGAAGGGAUACUUCACCAUUAAAAAUGUUCGUGCGGGAACGUACGAUCUGUACGGCUGGGUGCCAGGAACUGUCGGAGACUACAUCCGAGAAGGCGAUCCAAUCACUGUCAAAGCAGGUGAUGACCUCCAAUUGGGCGGUCUGACGUUCGAGGCUCCAAGAUAUGGACCGACUGUUUGGGAAAUCGGAUACCCUGAUCGGAUCGGUUCCGGCUACAUUCCCGACCCAAAUCCGCUCUACCCGAACAGGCUGUUCGUGAAUUUCGAGAAGUAUCGCAAUUACGGACUCUGGGCUAGGUACGCCGAGCUGUACCCGACAUCCGAUCUGGUGUACACGGUGGGAGUGAGCGACUGGACCAAGGACUGGUACUUUGCACACGUGGCGCGGAGGAACGCCGCCGAUGGAACGUACAAACCCACGACUUGGCAGAUCAAGUUCAGCCUUCCCUACUUCGACGCGAGUCUCGGUGCCUACAAGCUGCGCAUAUCGAUCGCCACGUCAAAUCAAGCCCAAGUCCAGGUGAAGGUCAAUGAUCCGGCGUCGUCGGUUGUCUUCGACACAGGGCUGAUCGGCAGAGAUAAUACUCUUGCACGGCACGGCAUCCAUGGCAUCUACAUGCUCUUCGAAGCGGAUAUUCCAGCAACCAGCCUCGUCAAAGGAGACAACACCAUCUAUCUCACUCAGAGGAGAAAUGCGGGUCCAUUCAACGGACUUAUGUACGAUUACUUGCGCCUGGAAGCGCCACCGAGUUAGAUCUUUCUAUAAUUCCCCUGGAUCCGAAAUACUCUUGGCAUUCUUCCCGAUUCAAGUACUUUAUUUACGUUCCUACAUGGCGAACGGGUUCUACCACAUUGAUCAGUAAUAUCAUAGGGGCAUGGACUAUAGCGAACAGUUGCCCAAGUUCUUCUGUGUUUUCGCAUUUGGGUUAGAGGGCUUGUGAAUAGAGUAGCCCUUGAAUAAUAUCCCCGAAAAAAAAUCUAGUGGAACUUUUACCUUUUUGUAAGAUCUUCUUGAACAUUCCUAUGGAAAUAAAUCAGGA